UAUGCAUCAGUCCAGUCUUCUGCAGAGGUGCUUUUAUAACACAACCCUCCCCUGGUGUCCGGUGGAGGGCAGCAGCGAGGAGGUGCCGGUUGUUGUUGAUGCUGAGGGAAGCUGCUCCUCCACUUCUGCAUCUGAGAGGAGGAGAGACGAGCUCCAACUUCCUGUGUGAGAGUGUGUGUGUGUGUGUGUGUGUUAAUGUGUGUGUGUGUUAAUGUGUGUGAGAGAGAGAGAGAGAGAGAGAGAGAGAUCUCCACUCAGCAGAGUUCAGCCUGGCCGCCUCUCCGGGGAGGUUUGUGGCUCUGCAGACCGGGGAGAGGAGGCAGCUCUGUGUGGAUGGUGUAGGGCUUGGAUAGACGCCUGGGUGCACCACCACCACCACCAGCACCACCAGUAUACACCACCAGCACCAGUGGAUUGUUGUGGGCCGCUGAAGGGCUGCAGGGGAAGUCCGGGUAGCGCGUCUUUGCGCAUGGUGCCACGGUGCGUCGGUGCGUCGGUGCCACGGUGCGUCGGAGCGGACCCAGAGAUGGCUGUCCUCAAACUGGCCGACCAGCCUCCUCUCAUCCAGGCGAUCUUCAGCGGAGACCCUGAAGAGAUCCGCAUGCUCAUAUACAAGUCUGAAGACAUCAAUGCUCUGGACACAGAGAAGCGAACCCCGCUGCAUGCAGCCGCCUUCCUGGGCGAUGCCGAGAUCACAGAGCUCCUCAUCCUCUCUGGAGCUCGGGUCAACGCCAAGGACAACAUGUGGCUCACCCCCCUCCAUCGCGCCGUGGCUUCUCGGAGCGAGGAGGCGGUGCGAGUUUUGAUCCGCCACUCGGCCGACGUGAACGCGCGCGACAAGAACUGGCAGACGCCGCUGCACGUCGCUGCAGCCAACAACGCGCUGCGAUGCGCUGAGGUCAUCAUCCCGCUGCUGAGUAGCGUCAACGUGUCGGACCGCGGCGGACGCACCGCCCUGCACCACGCUGCCCUCAAUGGACACACUGAGAUGGUGAACCUCCUCCUCGCUAAAGGGGCCAACAUCAACGCCUUCGAUAAGAAAGAUGGCCGUGCACUGCACUGGGCAGCUUUCAUGGGUCAUUUGGACGUGGCGUGUCUGCUGGUGAGUCAGGGGGCCGAGAUCAGCUGUAAGGACAAACGGGGAUACACCCCCCUCCACACGGCGGCCUCCGGCGGGAAGAUCGCUGUCGUCAAACACCUGCUGAACCUGACGGUGGAGAUAGAUGAGUGCAACGCAUUUGGGAACACGGCGCUCCACGUGGCCUGUUACAACGGUCAGGACGCCGUCGUCAGCGAGCUGAUAGAUUACGGCGCCAACGUCAGCCAGGCCAACAACAAGGGAUUCACCCCGCUGCACUUUGCCGCCGCUUCCACACACGGAGCGCUCUGUCUGGAGUUCCUGGUCAACAACGGGGCUGACGUCAACGUACAGAGUCGUGACGGGAAGAGUCCUCUUCACAUGACGGCAGUUCACGGACGCUUCACUCGCUCACAGACCCUCAUCCAGAACGGCGGGGAGAUCGACAGUGUGGACAAGGACGGAAACACCCCUCUCCACAUUGCUGCACGCUAUGGUCAUGAACUCCUCAUCAACACGCUCAUCACAAGCGGAGCAGACUGCACAAGGCGAGGAGUCCACGACAUGUUCCCUCUCCACAUGGCUGCUUUGAACGCUCACUCUGACUGCUGCAGGAAGCUGCUGUCCUCAGGCUUCCAGAUAGACACUCCUGACAGCAUGGGGAGGACCUGUCUGCACGCUGCUGCCGCCGGAGGUAAUGUGGAGUGUGUGAAGCUGCUCCUGAGCAGUGGUGGAGAACACAACAGGAGGGAUAAGUGUGGCAGAACCCCCCUGCACUACGCGGCCGCCAGCCGUCACUAUCCGUGUCUGGAGACUCUGGUUGCUUGUGGCACCGCCAUCAACGCCACCGACCAGUGGGGUCGCUCCGCCCUGCACUACGCCGCCGCCUCCGACCUGGACAGGAGGCGUCGUGUUGCUCUGGAGCCGGAGAGUGAAGGUGUUCAGGCAGAGAGGGAGAAAGAAGCAGCGCUAUGUUUGGAGUUCCUGCUUCAGAGCGGAGCCACGGCCUCUCUAAAGGACAAACAGGGCUACAGUCCGGUCCACUACGCCGCAGCGUACGGACACAGGCACUGUCUGGAGCUGCUGCUGGACAGAGACGACGGUCACCAAGACGACCCCGAAUCUCCGAACGCUAGGAGCCCGCUGCACCUCGCCGCGUACCACGGCCACGCUCAGGCCCUGGAGGUGCUGCUGCAGGGGGAGAGGGAGGUGGACCAGGGGGACGAGGCGGGGCGGACCCCUCUGGCCCUCGCCGCCCUCCGGGGCCACGCUGAGUGCGUUCACACCCUCCUCAGCCAGGGGGCGUCGCCGCGCUCCACCGACACCCAGUACGGACGAAACCCCGUCCACCUGGCAGUGAUGAACGGUCAUACGACGUGUGUGCGCCUCCUGCUGGACGAGUCGGACAGUGCAGACCUGGUGGAUGCUGCUGACUCUCAGGGACAGACUCCUCUGAUGCUGGCGGUGGCCGGAGGUCACGUGGACGCCGUGUCGCUGCUGCUGGAGCGGGAGGCCAACGUGAACCUGGCCAGUAACCACGGCCUCACUGCUCUGCACCUCGGGCUGCUCUGCGGUCAGGAGGAGUGCAUCCAGUGUCUGUUGGAGCAGGAGGCCUCGGUGUUGCUAGGCGACGCUCGGGGUCGGACCCCCAUCCACCUGGCUGCUGCCAGAGGUCACGCCUCGUGGCUGAGCGAGCUGCUGAGCAUCGCCUGCUCCGAGCCGCCGGCCCUCCCCCCGCUGAGAGACCACAGCGGGUACACGCCGCUGCACUGGGCCUGCUACUACGGUCAUGAGGGGUGUGUGGAGGUUCUUCUGGAGCAGAAGGGAUGUCGCUGUAUUGAUGGGAACCUGUUCACUCCUCUGCACUGUGCUGUGGCGAAUGAUCACGAGCCGUGUGCAUCUCUGCUGCUGGAGGCGAUGGGGUCGGACAUCGCUGGCUGCAAAGACGCUAAGGACAGGACUCCUCUUCAUGCCGCAGCGUUCUCGGGUCACGUUGACUGCAUCCAGAUGCUCAUGUCCCAUGAUGCACCUGUCGACGCUGUGGACCAAUCGGGUCGCAAUGCACUGAUGAUGGCGGCUGAGAAGGGCAGAGCUGGAGCUCUCGAGGUGCUGUUGAGCAGCACCAGUACCAACCUCAGUCUGACCGACAAAGACGGCAACACCGCCCUGCAUCUAGCCUGCAGCAAUGGAAAGGAAGACUGUGUGAUGUUGAUCCUGGAGAAGCUCUCUGACACUGCGCUUAUAAAUGCAACAAAUGCAGCGCUGCAAACUCCUCUCCACCUGGCGGCUCGUAGCGGUCUGAAGAAGGCGGUCCAGGAGCUGCUGUCCAGAGGAGCCAACGUUCAGACGGUGGAUGAGAACGGUCUGACGCCUGCUCUGGCUUGCGCUCCUAGCAGAGAGGUGGCUGACUGUCUGGCUCUCAUUCUGGCUACCAUGAUGCCUUUCUGCUCCCCUUGCAGCUCCGGGGCUCCCUCCCCAGGCUCCCUGCUGAGGCAGCUGCCCCACCAGGGGGUCAAAGGCCCGGGCGCCGGCCCUCGGGGGCCACGGAGCCCCAGGAACCCCUCUGGACCCUCCAGCGAGGGAACCACCGAGAACGACUCGGAGGACUCGGAAACCUUCUGACCCCUCCGUAAAAACCGACUCUCUACCCUCCUACCUCGAGCUGUGCACCUGAACCUAUCACCUUCCCUCCACCCUCCAGGACCGAUGCAGUGUUUGAUAAACUGUAAAGUGCACUCUUGAGGGAGAAGGGUAGAGACUUGGUUCUGAUACAGCUUGGAUGCUUUUGCAGUGUCUGUAUCUUGUACAGAAUCGCCCUCCGGUGUGACACCAGGCUGAACGCCCUACAGCGCUUUUUUCUUAGUGCCCUUUUUCCAAAAAAUAACAAUGAGCGGAGCAGAUGAACUGCCUCCGGACUGACUACUGCAGCUGAGUGAGUUGCUCCACGAAGAAGAAUAAGAAGAAGAAUCCGAUCUGGACCUCUUGUGGUAUGGGUCUGCAUGCUUGUGUUCACUUACACCACGGUUUGUUCUUUCGACUCACGGGUGCUUAAAUCCAAACGGACCUCGGUACUUUAGUCUCUGCAUGGCAUAGCAACUCGCCUCUGAGACCUGUCUUAAAAAAAAAAAAAUGAAGCCAUUUUUAACUGUUUGUACAAAAUGAAAUAGGCCAUUAAGACAGAUAAGUGUCAUUCUAACUUUUUUUUUUUUAUGAUCUUUGGCUUGUUGUUGUACCAAAUAUUUGACUUCCAUACAGAAAUAAUUAACAUACUGAUGAACAGGUACAUAGAGCUUGCUUAUUUUUUAAAACUGUUAACAAAACAACUGAAGCACAAAUUUGAUCGUUGCUUUUAGGUUUUUGAUGAACUGUUGCUGGAAUGUGAAUAAGAUGUUUAGUAGUUUGAAUAUUCAUCACAAAAAUUUGAAUACGACGCACUGGGUGCAUCUCAAUUCCCUUAAUUGCAACCACAUUUCUCUUAUUUGCAAGAGGAGAGAUUCAAGAAAAGAUGCGAGCCGGCAUUCUGUUGAUAUUGUUUCUGUAAAUUCAUUAUUAAAUAUUUUGAUUUCUACAAUUAGAAUGCCUUGUAUUUUAAAAAUCUCCACUUUUCCUAAAACAUUUAGGCUACUAAAUCAUUCCAACGAGGUUAUAUCUCAAAUAAAAAAUAUAUUUGUAAAAGACUAACAGUUAGCUCUGUUAUUGGUGCCGGAGCAGAUUCCUUCAGGAGAAAACAUCAAAUAAGGGAAUUGGGAUGUAACCCACUGAUUGAACACAGGGUUUGUGCAGAUGUGAAUUGGGUCUCCCUCACUUCGUUGUGGUAUUUAUUAUCUAUUACAUGAUGGUACAAAUACUGCCAGCACUUAAAAUGUUAGAUAACACAGAGCCUUGACCACUUCCCCCCCCCUCCUCACCUCUGUUUGUCGACCUACCAGCUAUGUGCCAUUGUCUCAAACGUGUCCAGUGCCUUGAUGUUGAUUCAUUUUGUUUGAUUACGAAAUUUCUUUUUUUUUUGAUUAUAAUAAAAAAUCACCUCACCAAAUGUCACUGAACCCCGGUGGCAUUUAGCCGUGCAGGUUUCAUAGGUUUUGAGAUAUUUGCCUCAGGUUUCUGCUACGACUGAAAUGCAACACAGGUGCAUUGUGGGUUAUAUAGUUACAUCUCAGACUCCCUGCUUCAAAGGUAAAUUACAUUUCCAGAAAGUCCUUUAAGUGCAAGAAAAUGUAAACAUCCUCAAUAUCAUUUAACAACAACAACAAUUGGGAAAGAAGUUCAUGUGAUGUGAUUGAAAGCUCCAGAAUAUCUACUAAAUAGACUGUGAAGUGAGAAUGUUUAAUGUGUUGUACUACAGCUGAAAGUACAAGUCGAUUACUUGAUUUGUCAAUCAACAGAAAAUAAAUCAGUAACUGUUUUAAAAAGAUAUAUUAAUAUUCAAAGUAUUUUUUUAUGAAAAAAAACUUUUAAUUAAAUAUCUUUGGGAUUUGGACUGUUGGUCAAAAACACAAUCAAUUUGAAUAUGUUAACUUGAAUUAUUUUUUAUGUUUUGUUGCUAUUUUCAAAUAUAUUUAAGAUGAAUUGACAGGUAAUAAUGAUAAUAAUUAUUAACUGCAGGCCUAUUGGUUUUUUGUUUUUCUUUAGUAUCUCCAGUGCAAAGUGUCCUCAGGUCUGUGGAGUAUUCAGGACAUUACAAUAACAAUUAGGUUUAGAUUCAUUUUUUAUUAUUUUGAGCACCAAACAUUGUCAUGGAGGCAGAAAUCUCAAAACCUGGACAAAUACAAACUACGACCUUCUGCCACUAGACGCCAAAAUAUUAUUUUAUUUGCAAUUUUGUGUGAAAUGAUUCUUUAAUAUGUGGAGCAUAAUGUCGGGUGGUUAUGUUACAUUGAGUGUCACAGUUUGAGAGGGAACCAGUAUGCAUGCCUGUUUUUUUUUGUUAGAUUAUUUGGUGAAAUGAUGUCUCACUCCUCUGUUUUUUCUCCUUGAGGUCUGCUGAUAUUCUUUAUUUUUCUUGUUGUCAACAAACCCCAUGAGAAAGACAAAAAAAACGUCAAUGUGCAAGUCUGUUUAUCAAUACUUAAUUCAAAAUUCACAAUUACCUACUUUGAUGUUUUACAUCAACAGCUGGGAACUGAAUUUUUUAGCAGAAGUCACUAAAAACAAGGGUAAAUAGUGCAUUUAUUGGGGACUACUUUCUGCCGCGGAUUAAUCCACGUUUUGGAGCUCUAUUGCACAGAGGGAGAUUACUUUUAUAAUACUCUGUCUUUUUAUGGGCUUUGUAUAUAUAAUAAGAAAAAGACAGAAUAUCUCCAGACUUCUUCUUUAAGUUGGUUGUGAGUGUGAGAGUGUUAGCUUUAGGUACUGAUAUGAAAUUGAGCUGAUUUUGUGAACAAUGUAUGAAAACAAAAAGAGGACUUUUGAGUGAUGUCUCCAUUCUAACGUUUGUGUUUGAGUUAUCUUUUCCAGACUAAAAAGUUGUGCAUAUUAAUGAGCUUAUUUUAAAAUUGAGAACCCUUUCUAGCUGCAGUUGGAUUGAAGUGGAGACGGCCGAUAAGCACACACACACACACGUUAAGAAGCACAGUGUUUUUCUGCCAGUAUUAUUAUUAUUAUUAUUAUUAUUAUUCUUCCUCUAACAGAAAAUGAGCUUCACCAGUCCUGACAAUCGCUGUGGUCACGUGUCUGAUGAGUUUCAUACCAGUUCCUGAUGCAGUACGACAUGCUGAGGGCUGUUUGUCAGCUACCCUUUGUUUUAUAUAAAUUGUACAAUU